AUAGAAGAAAUAUAUAAGGCAGAUAAGGUAAUAUAUUUUACCAAAAGACUAAAGAGAGUCACAAAAGCAAAAAUCAACUACUGGGCUCCCAAAAUAUUGGAUGAUGCUGUAAAACUUGCAGCUAGUUAUGAUUUAGCAAUAUAUGGAGUUGUCAAACCUGUUUGCAAUAAGUUUGAGAGUAGUGGUUGGAUGAACCAAAGAAGAAGUAAAAUAACAAGGCAGUCUCUAAAACCAUCUGUAGAACAAAGCCCUAUAUCAAUAAAAUUGAACAGGGCUAAAACUAGGAAUAAUUUCAAGAAAACGUCUCUAAAAAGAAAUAAGAAAAAGAUAUUAACAAAUGAAUAG